AUGAGGAAGAAUAAGAGUGAAAUUUCUCUAGAGUUUAUGCAAACAAAGAAUCAGGAAGUAGGAACAUCAUUGUUUGGGUUUCAGAAUGACUCAAUUCUAAUGUCUUAUGUAACUAAGAAAAACAAGGUGGUUCUGAUUCUCUGCACUAUGCAUCAUGAUGAUGCAAUUGAUGAAUCAUCUGAAACAAAUAAGCCACAGAUGAUAACCUUUUAUAACGCAACUAAAUCGGGAGUUGAUACUGUUGACCAGUUGUGUAGCACUUAUAAUGUCGCUAGGAAAACGAACAGAUGGCCUCUGGUCACAUUUUAUAGUAUGAUGAAUGUAGCUGCUAUAAAUGCUCAAAUAACAUAUCAUGCAAAUAAUUUAUCAAUCAGCACCAAACGCAGUGAGAUUUUAAAACUUUUGGCUCGUAAUCUAGCUGAUCAUUCCUUGCGUAGACUUUCUCAGUGUUCAUCAUUACCUAGAAACCUCAAGCAGGAUAUUCAGAGCCUUUUCCCAGAUGAGGGUACAGUUCAACUUGCAGAAGAGGCUCGAGCUAGUAAAAGGCAGAGAUGUCAUGAAUGUGGCCGUUCCAAGAAUAGGUACACUAAGUGCAAAUGCCGCAGUUGUAAAACAUUUCUAUGUUUAGAACACGCUCAGCAAAUAUGCGCUGAUUGCUAA